GCCCCAAAAGAAGCUCAAUCACCAGCAACAAAAUCAGAAGACACAGAGAAGAGAGAGAGACAGAGACAGAGAGACAGAGAGAGAGAGUUGUGUGUGUAUGUGUUUUUGAUGGAGAUGUCGAGACUUAAAUGGAGGUAGCAGGAGAUUGCAGAUACUGAGAGGAGAGAGAGAAAGAGGGACGACCCAUGGCGGCGUUGCAGAGCGAGAGAGAGCUGUAAAAUUCCAUUGUGCUUUAAUGCAAAGAGUUUUAGAGAGAGAGAGAGAGAGAGAGAGAGAGAGAGCAGAAAAAGAGGGGGAGAAAGGUGAAAUGAAUUGAAGGCUCGGCCACAGAAUCGUCCGACGUGUGUCUCACAAAAGAACCCAUCGGCAAUUACACACACCCAACUCCCUCUUACCAUUAUAAUCCAUUAAACCUCACUCACACACAUACCACCCAUGUGAACUGUGUUUGAAUUCUCCAUCUUCUAGGGUUUUCAGCUGCUGGAAGAGGAAGAGGGAAGAAGAUAGGAGGAUCGUGUGCUCUGAUAUGGAUUUGAAUUCCCCGUCGGAAUCGAGAUUUGCCCGGUCAAUCGUCGCGAAAUGGCUGGGUUCAUUCCGUUAGGAGGAGGAGCUGCUAGAUCAGUAGCAGGAGAAGGAGGAGGAGGAGAUCAGCAGAUCCACCACCCACAAGCCACGGCCGCUGCCGAAAUUCCUUGGUUCUGGUACUCCAGGAGCAACCCGGACGACGUCGGGACGUCUUCGGCUUACAAGGGUUUGGAGCUAUGGCAUCAAAACCAACCGCAAACCCAACAACAACAGCUACACUUCUUCUCGCAGCAGCAGCAGGAUCUCUACGCGUCGGCCGCGGGCCUCGGCGUCGGGCCCAGCGGAGGAGGCGGCGGCAGCGGGAGGGCCUCGAUCAACGUGUUCUCCGACGAGAGCUCGAGAUCGGGAGGAGGCUUCGCGACAUCGACCUCGGCGGCGACAACGGGCGGGGGCGUGAGAGGGGGAAUCAGCUGCCAAGACUGCGGCAACCAGGCCAAGAAGGACUGCCAGCACCUUCGCUGCCGGACCUGCUGCAAAAGCCGCGGGUUCGAGUGUGCAACCCACGUGAAGAGCACGUGGGUCCCCGCGCCGAAGCGUCGGGAGCGGCAGCGGCAGCUCGCCUCCCUGAAGGAGCAGCAGCACCACCACCACCACCAGGAGCAGCGGCUGCAGCUUCGAGGCGAGGUCCCGAAACGGCAAAGGGAUGACCACGGGAGGCCUAACACCUCAGGGUUGGAGUUAGUCGGCAACUUCCCGGCCGAGGUGAGCUCUCCGGCGCUGUUCCGGUGCGUGAAAGUGAGCUCCGUUGAUGAUCCCGACGACCAGUUCGCGUAUCAGACCGCCGUGAACAUCGGGGGUCACGUCUUCAGAGGGAUCCUGUACGAUCACGGGCCCGAUCAUCACCCCACCUACGCCAACGUGGGUGCCGGAGACUCUUCCUCCGGCGGCGGUGGAGGACUAGCUCAGCCUCUCGACCUCAUAGCUGCCGCGGCCGCCGGGGCAGCGUCCCCCAUCGCCAACGCCGAGAAUGCGCACGUGUCGUCCGUGGCAACGGCGCCGUUCUUCGACGCGUCUUCUUUGUACCCGCCUCCGCUCAGCACAUACAUGGCCGGUACGCAAUUCUUCCCGCACCCAAGAUCUUGACACGAACAUCACAUUCGUUGCAUUUUUAACUCUUUAGCCAUAACCAUCUCCUCUCUUCCCUCCACCCUCCCUCUCUCUCUCCCAACAUGAAAGGAGGCAAGAUCGUUGACAGAAUGUUAUUGCUGUUGCAGUAAAAGUGGUAGAAGUAGUAUGGUAGCUCAUCUUUGGAGAAAUCCAUUUGAAAGAAGGGUAGAGAGAGAGAGCAAGAGAGAGAGAGAGAGAGAGAAUAUGUGGAAGACAUAGGUUUUGAGUUACCAUCAUUUGUUUUUCUUCCCCUUCUUGGGAAUCAUUGAACCUGUGUACGAGAUGAACUUUCAAUUGUUUGUGCUCCUCUCCCCACCCCUUGUCUUGUUUUUUAUUUUUUGUUGUAUUUGCUUUGGAUUUUGUGGCCUUUCCAUUCUUGGGUCGAUCUUGAUUUGAUUUACA